AUGAAUGACCGUACCUCGCGGCCCGGCAGCGAGUUCUACACCAGGGACCGAGCAUCGUCAGAAGUACGGAAUGAGUGCGGCAUGACUUAUCAGGACCUUUACAUCAAUGCCCGGAGCAUUGUGGCUUCUCAGCUGGCCACUAGAACUCGUAAGGCCUUUCACAGACCCGAGAUCGAGACUGCUAGGCGCGAGGUGGAACCAGACCAUCAAGUUGGUGGCAAAACCAUCGCACGAUGUGCCGAGAGUGAUGACAGUGACGACGAAGAGGAUCUCCCAACUUCAGCACCAGUCGAUCCGAUCAAUUCCGUCGAUACAUUCCAAUCACAAGAUGGUAUGACGUCCAGCAUCCUUCUGAUAGACGAAAAAUCUUAA